UGCAUCAAACGUGUCUGUUCUGUCAAUCAAGAGCCAUUUUUCUUCUAUGUAAACGGUGGUGCAGGAACAGGAAAGUCUCAUCUUAUCAAAUGCAUUCACUCAGAAGCAUCAAAGAUACUGAGCAGACUGCCGAGACAUGCAGAGGAAGCCGACAUAUCGAGCCCUACUGUUUUUCUCACUGCAUUUACGGGAACUGCAGCUUUCGGGAUUGGUGGAACAACGUUGCAUUCUCUCCUUCGCUUGCCUCGCAGUUUAAAACCUCCCAUUCAAGGACUUGGCAAUAAACUGGAUGAAGUCAGAGCUGAACUGUACAAUGCUGAGAUCAUUAUCAUUGAUGAGAUUUCUAUGGUUUCCAAGCAGCUUUUCGCCUAUGUGGAUGCCAGACUGAAACAGAUCAAGGGUAAUAACAGACCUUUUGGAGGAAUGUCAGUCCUAGCUGUUGGAGAUUUUUAUCAGCUGCCACCAGUACGACAGUCUAAACCUCUCUGUGUGCACGACCCAUCUGAGAUUGACCUAUGGCAGGAACAUUUUCAGAUGAUCACCCUGACUGAGAUCAUGCGUCAGAAAGAUGAUGUUGCCUUUGCAGAAAUGCUGAACAGAAUUCGAGUGAAGGAGAAAGAUGAGGAACUGUCUGAGUCUGACAGAGAAUUGCUGACACAAGCCAUCACUCAACCAGAACUUUGUUCCACCGAUGUUCUGCACAUUUUCCCCACAAAUAAGUUGGUUGAAGAUCACAACUCAGCAACGCUGUCUCGGUUAUUUUCUGACAUCAUCACUGUUGAUGCAGACGACUUCCAGAAAGAUUCUCGAUCAGAAAGAAUGACACGGCAAGACAAACCCAGCAAAGGAGGACGCAAUGAUUUACCUGACACCUUGAAACUUGCGGAAGGAGCUCGUGUCAUGCUCACCAGAAACAUUGACAUACAGAAAGGAUUGGUGAAUGGUGCCUUUGGUACUCUGAUGAAGGUGAUUACUUCUGAGACGGAUCAACGCAUCACAAAGCUUGGGCUGAGAAUGGACAGUCAAACAGCUGGAAGACGUAGUGGACCUGCAGGAUCUGAUGAUCUGGUUUACGUGGAGAGAGCAGAGGAUACCGUGAAACAGAAAGGAGUGGUACGUAGACAGUUCCCUGUGAAGCUGGCCUUUUCUUGUACCGUGCAUAAAACUCAAGGCUUAACGACACAUGCAGCUGUAGUUUCCUUGGAGAAGAUCUUUGAAGCAGGCAUGGCUUAUGUGGCUCUAAGCAGGGUGACUUCUCUCAGUGGACUCUAUCUGUUGGACUUGGAUGAGAAGAAAAUCUACGCCAACCCUGAAGUUACUGCAGCCAUCCAGACCAUGAGACAAGCCAGUGUGGAUGACAUGAUGCCUCUUCUUCCUCUGAGAGAAACAGUUAGCAGGCCUGACACUCUGACUGUCGUCCAUCACAACACAGAGGGACUGCCAUCUCACAUCGAUGACAUCAAGAGACAUCAUGAACUGUGUCUGGCCGAUGUACUGUGUCUAACCGAAUCUCACCUGCAGGGCUCCUUUGUUGCAGACAGUCUUCAGCUGGAUGGAUUCACCUUGUACAAGCGUAACAGACACGUGUCGUACACAAACCUUCCUCAGAUGGCCAGCAGAUGUGGCGGUGGAGUUGCUGUUUAUUUCUGAAGGUUGAGGCUCCAGUCCAGGCACUGAUCGCAGCAGUGUACAGACCCCCCAGCUACAGUUUGACACGCUUCCUGGAAAACAUGGUAAGCCUUCUUGAUGCACUGGAGACGAUGGACUGUCACCCUGUAAUUGUUUGCGG